AUGGAAGUCGCCUUCCCCGUCAUCGUCUCUGAGCCCAGAGCUCUCCAGAUAGCUCAUGGACUCAGUCGAUUUCACGCCUUUGCUGGGCACGCGCGACCCCGAGUUACUCGUCGCAAGCGAUACAGUCCACCGCCGACGCAUAUCUUAGGUCUACACAAUAGCACAUCGCACAACUUCACCGAGCCCGGGCCUGUCGGCGUCCCUUCAGCUUUGAAUCUCUUCAACGUUACCGACCCCAGCGGGCCGGCGAGUAGGAAGGACUCCCUGGCGCUUAGUAUUGAAGCCGACGACUUGGGAUACCUUGCCAAUGUAUGGAUGGGUACGCCCUCGCGCCAGUUCCGCUUGCUCGUCGACUCCGGUUCAGCCGAUCUCUGGGUCCCAUCCGAGCACUGCGUCUCGGUCGCUGGCGAAAGCUGCAACCACGCUUACCUGGGCCCGAACGUCAGCUCCUCCUUCGUUGAGAUGUCCUCUGACGAAUGGACCAUCCUUUAUGGCAGCGGCUUCGUCAACGGGCGGCUCGUCCGCGACCAUAUCUCGGUGGCGGGCUUCGAUCUGGAUGCCAUGACCUUUGGCAUCGCGGAUAUGGAGAGCAGCGACUUCGCGAUGUCAGAUAUCCCGUUCGACGGCAUUCUGGGCUUGGCAGGAUCGAGGGCCUCGCGCAUGGACACGCCCACCUUCAUCGAAGCCCUAUCCCGCGCCGGCGUCGUCUCACAACCCAUCGUCUCCUACCAGCUCCCUCGUGUGGCGGACGGCAAGAACGACGGCGAAAUGACCUUCGGGGCCAUGGACCCGUCGAAGUACGACCCGCUCAGCAUGGUGUCGAUGAGGAAUAUGAACUCAGAUGGAUAUUGGCAAGUCGCUAUGGAGGAUGUGCACGUCGAUGCGGGCGCGUUGGGUUUGCGUAAUCGGACUGGGAUCGUUGAUACGGGGACGAGCUUGCUUGUGAUACCAGAGGAGGACGCAACGAAGAUUAACGCUCUCCUAGACGGCUCCAAGCUCGAUGAUCAGACAUGGACGGUCCCCUGCACGGUCAAACACACGCUAGCCCUCUCGUUCAACGAUCACCAAUUCGCGAUCGAUCCUCGGGACCUUGUCUUCGCGCCAUCCGACGCCAGUGGCAACUGCAUCUCCAAGAUCGUGUCGAGCGGGAGGGCGCACCCGACGCUGUGGCUGUUGGGCGAUGUCUUCUUGAAGAACAUCUACCUGAGUACGAACGCCGCGUCGAACGAGAUCAAGUUCGCGCGCCUCGCCUGA